UACCGGUGACCCUGUUGGUAUUGCACUUCUUCGGAUUAGACUGUAAUGCGGGAUAUAAUAAUACAUCUUAAUUCUUGAGCCGAUCAUUUCCUCUGAAUGCUGAAUCAGGUUGUUUAAGGUACUUUAGAAAAAGUAACCUUUUAUAUAUUUAUUUUUCAUUCAUUUGUUUGUUAAUUUAUUAACUUAUUCAUCCAUUUAUUUAUUCAGUUAUCUGUUAAACUGUCAGCUGUGUCCCUUUCAAAAUAAAACGUGACUCGCUGUGAAGGAGGCGGGGCUUCCGUGACGCUACAGCGCAUGUCCAACACAAUCAGCUGUGAAGGAGGCGGGGCUUCCGUGACGCACCCGGAAAAGAUUUCCACGUGUGUCGGUGUGUUGUUGAGCCUCACGAUGUCGGAGGAUCAGCUGUGUCUGAACAUCAGUGUGUCCUCGGCUCCGUCUGGCAGGAGGAAGCCCCUCACCACCCAGCAGAGAUGGGCCAGAAAGAAGCAGAAUGGGAAGAGGAACAUGAACUCUUCAUCACAGGAGGAGGAGAGGAGAUACAAACAGAGGAGAGUGGAGGAGCCAGAGGAGGAGGAGCAGCCCCCCCCUGCUGAGCGAGCGGACAGGAGGGCACCACAGAAGAAGAAGGACGGCGGCGUGAAGACCUCCUCCCUGUUCAAACACAACCCCGACAUCCCCGCCCUCCUCAGUCCGGCUGUCUCUCAGGUGAAGGAGAAGAUUUUUAGCAGCGACUCGUUUUCAGACAUGGACCUGCACCCACACCUGGUGGCCACACUCAACAAAGUCCUCAAUGUUUCCACGGUGACCAGCGUUCAGAAGCAGACGAUCCCGGUUCUACUGGCGGGUCGGGAUGCUGUGGUCCGAUCUCAGACAGGUUCAGGUAAGACCCUCUCCUAUGCGGUGCCUAUGGUCCAGUCUCUGCAGGAUCUCCAGCAGAAAGUCAGCCGCUCUGACGGACCCCUGGCCGUCAUCAUCGUCCCCACCAGAGAGCUGGCCCAGCAGACGUUUCUCACCUUCCAGAAGCUUCUGAAGCCGUUCACCUGGAUCGUCCCUGGAGUCCUGAUGGGAGGAGAGAAGAGAAAGUCAGAGAAGGCCAGGCUCCGUAAAGGGAUCAACAUCCUGGUCUCGACCCCGGGCCGUCUGGUGGAUCACAUCCGGAACACUCUGAGCAUCGCCUUCAGCUCCGUACGGUGGCUCAUCCUCGACGAGGCCGACCGGACGUUGGACCUGGGAUUUGAGAAGGAUCUGACCGUCAUAUUAAACAGUCUGAACUCCACCGGACCGAGCAGGCAGAACGUUCUGCUGUCGGCUACGCUAACACAAGGUGUCACGCGGUUAGCAGACGUGUGUCUCAACGACCCGGUCACCAUCAACGUCUCUGGCCCCGCCUCCUCUGACCCCGCCUCCUCUGACCUAAGCGGCCCAGCCACGGACCCGGGCUCAGCCGACCAAUCGGAGAGCUACACGCUGCCCGAGGCCCUGCAGCAGUACGUGGUGGUGGUGCCCAGCAAGGUGCGCCUGGUCUGCCUCGCCGCCUUCAUCCUGCACAAGUGCAAGUUUUCUCAGAACAACAAACUGAUCGUGUUCACGUCGAGCUGCGAGUCCGUCGAGUUCCUGCACGCCAUCUUCACUGCUGUGCUCUCCACCAAUCAGAAGCCCCCGCUCAGUUUCCUGCGGCUCCACGGCAACAUGAAGCAGGAGGAGCGCUCGGAGGUGUUCAAGGAGUUUUCUGUGUCCCAGUCUGGAGUCCUGCUGUGUACGGACGUAGCAGCCAGAGGUCUGCACCUCCCUCAGGUCACCUGGAUCAUUCAGUUCACCCCCCCCUCAGCAGCAGCAGAGUACGUUCAUCGUGUCGGCCGUACGGCUCGUAUCGGAGGGCGAGGAAGCAGUCUCCUCUUCCUCACUCCGUCUGAGACCGCCUUCACCACCGAGCUGGCCAAUCACAACAUCAGCCUGGAAGAGAUGAAGCUGGAGGACAUCCUGUCCAGCCUGAUGAUGGACGAUACCUUCAAGGGCCGUGGGAAAUACCACAGCAAGAGCUCCUCUAAAGCUCUAGAGCAGGAGACCAGAGAGAGAGCGACCGUUCUUCAGACAGAGUUUGAAAACUUUGUUCACUCCGACGCUGAGUCGCUGCAGAAUGCCAAGAAAGCGCUGCAGUCCUUCCUGCGGUCCUACACCACCUACCCCGCCCCGCUCAAACACAUCUUCCACAUCCGGCACCUCCACCUGGGACACACCGCCAAGAGCUUCGGCCUGAGAGACGCUCCGCAGGGCCUCGGCAGAGCCGAGGCCUCUGGGCCCGGGGCCAAGAGCCAGAAGAAGAAGAACCAGAAGAGGGGGGCCCAGAAGGCAGCAGGGAAGAGCUCCUCUCACAGGGAAGAGAGCCUGCUGCGCUCCGAGUUCUCCGACGGGAGGGAGGGAGGCAAAGAGAGGAAGAGGAGGAAGAAGAAGAAGACCGGAGGGGAGGAAGAGGAGUGAAGAGAAGGUGUGAGCAGGCGACUUCAGAUUCAGUGACUUGACGACUGAACAAAUAAAAACCGUUUGAUAUAAA